CCACCUGCCUGGCCUGAUGCUCCUCAGCUAAGCUCCAGGACCACCAAGGGAGCCAUGUUCCUCCUUCUUUUGCUGGUUGUGCAUCUUAAUGGGCUGCAGGCAGGCCAGCAUCCUCAGAAAACCAUCCUGCAAACAACUGUUCCUGAAAAGAUCUCAUCACCAGAUGUGGAAACAGAUCCAGAAAACCAUAUGGCUUAUCUUAUUACAAUAAAUGAAAACCCCCAUUUCAUCCAUCUUAAAAAACAAUGGUUUGGGGAUUUUUUUGUAUAGAUCGUUUAUAACUUCAACCGCAGUGAGUUAUACAUAUGACAGACAAGAUGUUCGGCAUUCUCAGUCUUUGUCAUCUCUGAAAAAUUGCAAUUACAACGGAUACGUUGCAGGUUUUCCAAAUUCUAUCGUGACGCUCACCGUUUGCUCAGGACUCAGGGGAAUGAUACAAUUUGAAAAUGUCUCCUAUGGAAUCGAACCUGUGGAAACCCUGUCAGGAUUUAUACACGUGAUCUAUGAGAACACAAAUCAGCAAGCUAAGAUUCCUGACUUAAGAGAGAAUCAGACGUACAGUUGGUCUGAUGAAUUAGAUUAUCGAUUCCGAAGCAACAUGAAGAAAUCCGGAUUUGCCGUGUUACGGCCACGGUACAUUAAGACGGAUAUCGUCGUGGAUAAAAAGCUGUUUGAUUACAUGGGCUCCGACACUAGGGUCGUGCUACAGAAAGUCAUUCAGAUCAUCGGUUUCAUUAACACUAUGUUCUCCAAGUUGAAACUGACGGUUUUAAUAAAUUCCGUUGAAAUCUGGUCGAAGGAAAACAGAAUUGAUUUCCCAGAGGCACCUGAAAACUUACUGGUCCAGUUUUUACAUUGGAAACAUAAGUAUAGACCGCUGCACAUUUCAUACUUACUGGCAUUUGUGGAGCAUCCUGCUUCCACGGGAGCCCUCUAUCCGGGGAAUCUGUGUAAACCGAUCUAUGGUGCUGCCAUUGCCCUGUACCCUAAAGGUUUGUCACUAGAGUCCUACAGCGUCAUCGUCCUACAACUACUGAGCAUCGGUAUAGGCUUAACCUAUGACAACGCUGACAGCUGCCACUGUACAGGAGACGUCUGCCUGAUGACGCCCAAGGCAAUAUAUUCUGGGGGUAUGAAGGACUUCAGUACUUGUAGCUUGGAUGACUUCAAAUACCUGUCAACACAAGACCUUGAAUGUCUCCAGGACUUGCCUAUGGAAAGACAGAAGAAGAAGCCUUCCAGGCCAAGGAGAAUCUGUGGCAAUGGAAUAUUGGAGAUGAACGAGCAGUGUGACUGUGGCACUUUGAAGAACUGUACACACAGAAAAUGCUGUGACCCCAUGUCGUGCCGACUGAAGUCCAAAGCCUCGUGUGGCUCCGGGGAGUGCUGUGGUCAGGACUGCAAGGUAAAACCGGUUAAUGUACUCUGUAGAAAGUCGAAGAAUGAAUGUGACUUUGAGGAGUUCUGUAACGGAAAUGACGCUUACUGUGUCGCUGACACGUACGCACGCAACGGGCAGUACUGCGACUCAGGGCAAGCCUUCUGCUACAGUGGUCUUUGUAUGACGAGUAAUAAUCAAUGCAUGAAGUUGCUCGGGAAAUAUGUGAGAGGAGCUUCCUUCGCAUGCUAUGAAGAGUUCAAUUCCAGAGACGAUAGAUUUGGCACCUGUGUUAGAAAGUUUUGUACUUUCGAAAACACUCUCUGUGGGAAGUUGGUCUGCACCUGGCCAUUCAAGAGGCUGCUCAAGAAAGACAAUAUGUCUGCGGCUUAUGGACAGAUCCGAGAUGAUUUAUGCAUCUCUCUGUAUAAAGGAGGGAGGACACCUAAGGCAUCAAAGUCAUCAUAUACCGACAUGUCAGAAAGAGACGAAACAUUUGUAAGAGACGGCACAAUCUGUGGUCCUGAUAUGUUUUGUGUGGAAACACAGUGCAGAGAAACAAGAUUUUUCGUGGACUUUCAACAGUGCAAUAUUUCCCGAGAUUGCAAUGACCAUGGGGUUUGCAACAACUUUAAUCAUUGUCAUUGUGAUAAAGGAUAUAACCCUCCCUAUUGUGACCCAGUAAAAGGACAGUUUGGAAGCAUUGAUGACGGCCACAAAUAUUACCUUGACGAAGGGAAAAGCGCUAAGCAGCAGAAUCGUGGUAUUCACCCAAAGCAGCAACUCCAGCUUAUUCUGUAUAUAACACUGCCCUUGAUUAUGAUUAUCUCGGCUGUAUUUAUAAAGCAAAGCAAACUGAGUCGGCUAUGCGGCAGAGAAAGAAGUGAAGGCACCAGCUAUAUAACAGAAGAGAGUGUGAGUAACACCAAGAUGACCACCAACGAAGGAAGCACCCUUCACUAACCACCUCAAGUGUUGCCACCCAAAAAGAAGAUAGUCUGGAUUAACCACGGGAAACUGGCAUUUUGAGCAAGAGGAAGGGGAAAAAACCACCCCCAAACCAACCCACAGCUUCUCUCCCACUUCUGCAGAGAUAAAUGAGGACUCUAAACCAUGAACUAAUAAAUCAGCGGUGGCUGAACAAA